CUAGCAGCAAGUGUGAUUCACACCUUCACCUAGCGUCUAUUAUCACAUCGAGAUGAUUCGACUUGUGAUAAUUCUUGCUUCUGUUAUUUUGAGUGACAGGAUAAUCUCUGCCUCAGAUUUCCUAACCUGCCAUUGCCACAACACUAUAAACUGCUUCUCCAAUAAUACCUGUCACGUCCCUCUCUCAAAUGGUGCCUGCUUUGUAGAGACCUCCCGAGACAAGGGAAGCCCUUUAACCUUUGGUUGCUGUAUUAAUGACCGAAUACUCUCAGACUGUAAACUCUAUUUGAGGAGAUAUUGCGAAUCUGGAGACUAUUGCAAUCAAGACUUGCAGCCAGUUUCAAUUACAAGUGGUACGGAAGAUGGUGGCAGCAGUACAACUGCUCCAACACUCCCUCCAUUAACUUUACCGACCGAGUCUAAUAAUAAUAAUAAUAAUAAUAAUAAUGCAACUAAUAGUACGCCACAAUCAACUACUAACGAACAGUCAACUGAUGAAAAUAACAAUGGCACUGAACAACAAGACAUGUUGUAUUUCUACCUAUUCCUGCUGGGUUCCAUUGUCCUACUUCUAAUGAUAGUCUUUGUUAGCAUAUCAAUCAUUAUUGUGAACUGUAAGAUCAAAGAGCUGGAGUUCAGGAAGACUACUAUGAAUGAAGCCAUCAUAUGAAACCAAUGGAGCACUCACGGAGUAUAUAUCUACUCUAUAAACAUCUGCUCACAUCAAUUAUUAUUCACAAUCAUCAUUUAUUUCACAUUUUGUAUUUUAUACCACAAUCAUUGUAAUCUCACAAA